UUUGUCCUAAAUUCGUUGUUGAUGAUGCAUAUUAUCUAGAUAUUUCUAUUAUUUUCUAGAAUUGAGAGUUCCUACUCACAUAAAUAUUGCUCAUUCUGUUUGUAUGCGUCAUUGUUCAUUGAUUGAAAGUCAGCGUCUGUCGUAGAUUUAUUAAUUAUACUAUCAAUUACGUGUGGAGUGUACUGUGUUUAACCUAAAAUAUACCUGAAAAAUUAAUCAUGGAUCAAAAUAACGAAGAGAAUAGGCCUUCAAUAGCAGGUGCCCUAACUUUUCCUAGUCGUAAUGAACAGCCCGUAAUUCCACAACCGAGGCAGCCUAGAAAUUUGCAGGGUUUGCUGAGGUUUGCCAUGGAAGCCACUAAGGCUGAAGAUGCACCUGGUAAUUCACAGUUUGGACCGAUGGAUGAAGAAAGGCGUAAAUUCCUAGAAGAAGCCUUAAAGAGCAUCACAGUGAAUGUGGCAGAGGUUCUGCAGAAUGGCAUUAAGGUCCUCACAGAUUCAGAGAAAAUCAAGGGUAUUCAGCUCGGUGAGAGCCUCCCGGAGGAUGUGGAUGUGGCUUUCAAUAAUGUUCUCGAGUAUAUUGAUGACAUAGAUGUCGCUAAUGACUUCUACAAGAUGGGCGGCUUCGCGAUGUUCCCGAUAUGCUACAGCAGCGAGAACGAAGAAGUGCGCUCCCGGGCCAGCCAGAUCCUGUCGGAGCUGUGUCAGAACAACCCCUACUGCCAGGCGAGGGCGCUCGAGUGCGGUCUGCUGAAUGUGGUGCUACACUUGGCGUCUACUGAGCGGGGACAAGUGCUGGCCAAGUGUGUGUCGGCUAUAUCGGCUGCGACUCGCGAAUUCGAGCCAGCCUGCCGCGAGCUGACGGCGCAGGGUGGCUGCGAGACCCUCACCCACCUGCUGGGCUCCGACUGCCCCUCAAUCGCGAAGACCAGAGCCGCCUUCCUCGUCGCGUACCUGUGCCAGCAUUACCCGGAUGCUAGAGAAAAAUUCAUAGAACUCAACAUAGCGAGAACGAUAGCGGAACAAGUAAAGAGCGGAAGAGACAACACCACGGAACAUCUCUUGAGCAUUCUGCAUUCCCUGCUAGGAGAUUCUAGAGUGAAACAGCAGUGCCAAGACCCUGCCCUAGACUUGAAGAAAGUUCUAGAAGAACACUCGAAGCGACCGGAGCUCGAAGAAGAAUACAUUGAAGAGAAACAGUAUUGCAAGAGUAUCUUGAAAAUUUUGGACGGCUUGCCACAAGUUGAAGUUGUUAAUAAUGAAAUAGAUAGAUAAGUUAGUAAACUGGGCAUGUGGUUAUAAAGUAUCGAAAAAUGUGUGUGCUGUGUGCUUUUGGUACUGGAGAUGUUAUAUGAGAAAUUAUUUAUAGCUAUCACACAAACUGAGUUUUAAUUUAUAAAACAAACUGUGAUGUUUUGAUUUGUUUACGAUUGUCUCAGAAUAUUAGAUGUUUAAUAUGUCGAAUCUAGACUGGUAUGUUAUAUCGUUAAGGAUGUGAAAUAUUUAGGCAGUCUAUAACAAUGCAUUUACAAUAAAAUUGUGAGUUAGCUUUGUCUAAUAGAUCUUAUAAAAUUUAAGUAUUUGUAAAUAAACGUGAU